CGUGUUUUUACUUCGUAUCUUCGUCACAUCUGUGUGUGUCAGACGAGACGCAUUUUUUCUUAAUUGUAAUUUUUUAAAGUUUUACGUCCAUUACAGUGUUCAAUUUGAUAAAGAGUAAACACAGAAAGGUCUCAAACUGGCGGAGAAAAAAGUACAGAUGGCUUUAUGCCAAACCUCAGUGCUGAAAGUGUAUCAUGCCGUUAUUGAGGAUGUCAUUAACAAUGUGCGCGAUGCCUUUCUGGAUGAGGGCGUCGAUGAACAGGUGCUGCAGGAGAUGAAACAGAUAUGGCGCAAUAAGCUAUUAGCAAGUAAGGCGGUUGAAUUGAAUCCCGAACCCGGCGAGCCAGGCCACCACCCACCGCCCAUUGUGGCCAAUAAUCCAAAGGUAAGCAAGAGCUCAAAGGCUGCUAAUGCCAAGGCUAAAAAAGCUGCCGCCGCUGCGGCUGCUUCACAGCAAAGCAACGGAGGUGGCACAACCGCUGGCACCGUCACCAACAGCACAGACAACAGUAAGCUGGCAACGCCAUCGAUUGCGGGCAAAUCAGGAAAUGCCAUUACCGCAGCUGGCAGCGGCAUGAAGAACGGCAUUGGUAGCAUCAAACAGGAGGUCACAUCACAGAAUCCACCGCCGCUGCAUCCUACAGGCGGCUCGACAAUGCUGCAAAAGCAACAAGCUGCGGGUGGUGGCUCCACAACCGCUGGGCAGACUCCAAUUCCUAUUGUUGCCCAAUUGGAUCCCAAUCGCAUUAUGCCUGUUAACAUAACGUUGCCUUCACCACCGGGCUCAACAAAUCCUGAAUCUCGUGUGCUCACCAUACAGGUGCCGGCUUCAGCACUGCAGGAGAAUCAGCUUACCCAGAUAUUGACCGCUCAUCUAAUUUCAUCUAUCAUGUCAUUGCCUACUACGUUAGCCUCGUCCGUGCUGCAGCAGCACGUGAAUGCUGCUCUUAACAAUGCCAAUCAUCAGAAAAAUUUGGCAAUAUCCAAGCAGCUAGACGGCGCCUUAGACUCUUCAGAGGAGGAUGAAAGCGAGGAGAGUGACGACAACAUAGACAAUGAUGACGAUGAUGAUCUAGACAAAGAUGAGGAUGAUGAUGCAGAGCAUGAGGACGCUGCCGAAGAGGAGCCGUUAAAUAGCGAGGAUGAUGUCACUGACGAGGAUUCGGCUGAAGUGUUUGACACAGAUAACGUAAUUGUGUGCCAGUAUGAUAAAAUCACACGCUCGCGCAACAAAUGGAAAUUUUAUCUCAAAGAUGGCAUCAUGAAUAUGCGAGGCAAAGAUUAUGUAUUUCAGAAAUCCAACGGCGAUGCCGAAUGGUAAAUGGUAAUCGAGGAGGACCGACAACAAGCAUAGUGUGAAAAUCCAUUAGAAAAGAAAUAACAAAAUUAACAAACAAACAAAAGACAAACGAAAUGCCUCACAGUGCGCCUUUAAAUACGUUAAUAUCAUCCCCCCCCCUCCCCCUCCACACACAGGCACGCAUAUAUUAACACACAACUACAAAUACACAGACACAACACACACACACAACUGCACAUACACAGAUACAACUCCAGAUGAAAAUGCACUAAAUUACACACAUAAUCACACAUGCACGGGCAUAUACUUACACCACCCACAUGACCAAACGAUGUCCAACAAUGGCAGUCACAGUGAGAUUUCCUUUAAUCACGUUGCCUGGCCGGGCAUAUAAAAUUGUAUCUAAUAUUAGUUUUGACUAUUUGUAUUGAAUGCGUCAAGUUGAGUUGUUUUCUUUAAAAAAUUUGUAAUCGUAAUAUAUAUGUAUUAAUUAAACUGCUCCGCAUAUUAUUGUCAAUAAAAUGAAACUUUGUAAGGAAACGGA